GGUAUGCUUAUUAUUGCACCGAAAACUCAACAUUGACGAGUUACUUCUGCCCGCACCACCCAUUCCGCUAACUUUAUAUUCGGAGCGUUGGAUGUUGAAAACUAACCUCUGUUAUGAUCAAUGGCGGAUGCGUUUAAUUUUGUUGAUAUUUUGAAAAAAAAAAUGAAUUUAUUAGAACGAAUAAUAACGUCGACGUUAAUAUUAAACGGCGAGGAAGCGAAACGCGCGAAAGUGAUUUACGUACGUCGACAAUCGGCGUUUGGAAACUACAUAGCCGGUUUUCACAAUUGCGAAAUCUGUUUUUUGCAAUUUUACGACGACGACGAUGACGAGUGUUUAAGGCAACUCAAACAAGUGUUUCCCCGUGCAGAGCCGGACGAAAAUUUUGAACCGGCCCAGCGCGAGUUGAGAGCGAUUUUGAAAGGAACCGAACUCGACGUGUUGGUAUGGCGCGAGUUGUUAAAAAUUGAUAAAGGGACCACCGUCAGUUACGAGAGUAUUGCGCGUGCUAUAGGACGACCGAAGGCCGUCAGAGCGGUAGCAAACGCCGUCGGUCGGAACAAUAUCUCUUAUUUGGUACCUUGUCAUCGAGUUAUUAGGAAAAACGGCGAGCUGGGCGGAUUCGGCGGAGGAGUUCGCAGGAAGCUUAAAAUGUUGCAUUAUGAGGGAGUGAAAAUAUGAUUUGUUGACUGGAUAAGUGUCUUUUUCGUUAUAGGAAGGAUUUCAUUUAGUGUCUGGUAAACUUUAGAUUGAAGAGUGUAACAUGUUUUGGUUGGGGCAAAGAAAAUUAAAGACUAAUACAUCGAUACAUUUAUUGUAGGUUCUUAACUAGUUCAUAUAAUAUACUCUUUUAAUUCUUUUUACAAACAUUAUUUUGUGGUCCUUUUGCUACUAUCACAGAUUAAAAAAUCAUUAAUUUGAAACGCGCGAGGUGCGACGGAUCCCCUGGGACCGUAAAAACUCAAACUCCCAGCGGGGAGCCAUCGGUUCGCCCCCAAGGGGGGAAUCGUCGGACCCCUUUCGAAAAAUAAAAAAAAAAGGAAAUAUAUUUUAGAUUUUUUCAUGUAACAA